AUGGUUACAGCGAGUCAACAGCCAACUUCGUCCUCAACAGGGCCCUCCAAGGCCAAAAAGAAGCGUAUCCGUAACUGGACGGCCGAAGACCGGGCCGUGCACCGGCAGUUUGAGAAAUCCCGUCGCGAAGCCUUUAGUGAACGCCUUCUGGAGCUAGUACGGCUAAUUCCAAUUCUGAAGGAAGAAACCCGGCCUUCGAAACAUAUCAUUAUCGAUGCCAGUAUCUCGUACCACAAGACCCAGCAGAGCAGAUGUUCUCGCGCUACGGAAACAAUCAACGCGUUGAUCGCAGAACGGAAUGAUCUGCUGCAAGAGGUGAAUGCCCUUCGCGCCCUUUACCGCUCCGGUGCAUGCGAGCCGCGCCAAGCGAGACCACUCAAUCCUACGGUGCAGGAUAUGCUGGCUCACAAUGACAUGGGGUUGGUUUCAGAUCCUGCGGGAGAUAUUACUAGCAACACUAUGAAUAGACAGCUAGAUAGUCUUCCGCAGGCACCGCUGCCAAGGAAGAGCUCACCAUUAACCCGACAGCAAGCUCGCCUUCCCACUCCUGCUGCCGGGCCUCACGAAUCGGGUGUUUCUGCUACACCUGCUGAUCCUGUAUUGUUAUCUUUGUCGCCGGGUAUUAAUAUUCAAAGCCCGGGUGAUUGGGCUUGGGUUAGUUCCGGCAAUCCUUCUCAUCCAAUUCUCGCACAUUCGAAUUUGCCCGGUGAUACUGCGCCUCUAUGGAACCAAAUUCCGGAUAUUUCAAGUACCACUCCACCAAAGGAUGCGACAAUGGACUUUGAUCAUAAUCCAUCGCACCUUAUUGACGAUACUGCUCUUUUCUGGACUCAAUAUCCCAGUAUUCUGACUACAACAUCUCCCUUGGAAAACAGACUGCGUGAUGACACCAACCAAUCAAAUAUCGAAUACGACUCUACUUUCGACUGGCAUCAUAACCCUAAUACCCCAAAUACUACACCACUAAAUGCGCAUGGGUUUCUUCAUCAAUCUGGAAAUCAAUUCCCCCCAAACAUAGAAAGUCUAGAUCCAGGUACCGAGAUGUUUAUGGCAUGA